CCGGACAGAAUGUCAACAAGAGGAGCGAAGUGUGUGCUCAUAGAUCUGAGUGGGACGCUGCACAUAGAGGAUGAGGAGGUGCCAGGGUCUGUGGAAGCCUUGAAAAGGUUGAGGGAGAGUGAUUUGAAAGUCCGCUUUGUGACCAACACCACCAAGGAGAGCAAGCGUGUUCUCCUCCAGCGCCUGAACCAGAUCGGAUUUGACGUGGCACUGGAUGAUGUGUUCACAUCGUUGACUGCAGCCCAUGAUGCGGUGAGGGAGAAGAAACUGCGGCCCAUGCUGCUGUUGGACGACCGGGCGAUGGAGGACUUCGAUGACAUAGAUACUGAAGAUCCGAAUGCGGUCGUUGUUGGCCUGGCUCCGGACAAGUUUCACUACGAUGUUCUCAACUCAGCCUUCAGGUUGUUGUUAAAUGGCUGCCCACUGAUUGCAGUUCACAAAGGAAGGUACUACAGGAGGAAAGAUGGGCUGGCGCUGGGCCCAGGUCCGUUUGUAGCCGGCCUGGAAUAUGCAACAGGGACAACAGCAGAGGUUGUGGGCAAGCCAGAGACACGCUUCUUCCUGUCAGCCAUCAGAGACAUGGACUGUCAGCCUGGCCAGUGUGUCAUGAUUGGUGAUGAUGUGCGGGAUGACGUGGGCGGGUCGCAGACUGCUGGCAUGAUCGGAAUACUCGUGAAAACAGGAAAGUACCAGGAUGGAGACGAAGGGAAGAUCUCCCCACCACCGAGUCACGUAGCAUCCGACUUCCCCCAUGCUGUUGAUAUCAUCUUGGGAAGUCAGCAACAGUGUAGCUCAUGACAACAGACCAGCAACUGCGUAGCUCAUGACAACAGACCAGCAACUGUGUAAACAGACCAGCAACUGUGUAGCUGUUGAUAACAGACCAGCAACUGUGUAGCUGUUGACAACAGACCAGCAACUGUUUUAGCUCUUGAUAAGAGACCAGCAGCUGUGUAGCCGUUGAUAACAGACCAGCAACUGAGUAGCUGUUGAUAACAGACCAGCAACUGUGAAGCCGUUGAUAACAGAUGAGCAACUGUGUAGCUGUUGAUAACAGACCAGCACCUGAGUAGCUGUUUAUAACAGACCAGAAACUGUGUAGCUCUUGAUUACAGACCCGCAACUGUGUAGCUCUUGAUAACAGACCAGCAACUGUGUAUCUGUUGAUAACAGACCAGCAACUGUGUAGCUGUUGAUAACAGACCAGCAACUGUGUAGCUGUUGAUAACAGACCAGCAACUGUGUAGCUGUUGAUAACAGACCAGCAACUGUGUAGCUGUUGAUAACAGACUCGCAACUGUGUAGCUGACAACAACAGAUCAGCAACUGUGUAGCUGUUGAUAACAGACCAGCAACUGUGUAGCUGACAACAACAGACCAGCAACUGUGUAUCUGUUGAUAACAGACCAGCAACUAUGUAGCUGUUGAUAACAGACCAGCAACUGUGUAGCUGUUGAUAACAGACCCGCAACUGUGUAGCUGUUGAUAACAGACCAGCAACUGUGAAGCUGUUGAUAACAGACCAGCAACUGAGUAGCUGUUGAUAACAGACCCGCAACUGUGUAGCCGUUGAUAACAGACCAGCAACUGGGGCCGACGCUGAAAUGGAUUCAUGAACUAUCUGAACAAUUGCCGGUCAUGAAAACAACAGAACAACUGUGGCAAAUGCCCAAUGAAGAAACGGGUUAGAAUUUGUCUUCAGCAACCUAUCCUUGUCAUAAAAUGGCGAGUAAGAUGUUCAGUUUGUCAUGUCAGACUCGCUGACUUGGUUGAUGCAUGUCAUUGUGUCCCAAUUGCGUAGAUUGACGCUCAUGAAGUCAAUCACUAGAGUAUCCGGUCCAGACCUCCAUCAUAUAGCUGGAAUGUUGCUGGGUGUGGCAUUGAACAACAAACGAAGCUACAGAUCCUGCAGAGAUCAUCACAGAUGAUGAACUCGGGAACUUGUCGUGAUUUGAAAACUCAGGAUGAUGAGGAUGAUGAGAUGUUUGUUGAUGGUGGUUGCGCAUCCUUCAACACGGGUUCUGUUUGUCUCUCCAUGCCUGCUUAUUCCCCACAUCUGUGUGGCAAGUGCUGAGGUACCUGUUUAUAGGAUGACAAUGUCAUUGCUACGCACAGUGUUCCUGCUGGCUUUUGAAACUGCGAGUCCCGGUUGACUGGCAACUCUAAUUUACCAUUCCCCUCAAUUUUUAUCAAUCCCAUCUUUGAACAAAUCAAAAUAUGUGUGAAAAUUACCUGGUUUUAAUUCUUUAAAAAUCACGUUCAAUGCAGUUUCCCUUCAUGGCUGACACAUUCAAUGACCUCAUCUCUGAAAUAAUUUAGUUAUACGUCAUUCACAAGAAGUCCAGUCACAAUUUUCUCUUCUUUUUUUCUGCAAUAUUUCACUUUGGUUCAAGGCUAGGUGGCUACAAAUAUAAGUCUGAGUGUCCAGUGCUGGAGAUAUUAGGGGUGACACAAUUAUCAUCAUGAGGCAAUUACACUUGCCACAAAGACAUCUGGUUUGAUAAGAAGGAGCUCUAUAUCAACCUGUUACAAUUUAACAUUCACAGCUGAUCUUAAGUUAGUUUUUCAAUGUAUAAAAUGCUACCAGUUUAUUAAAAAAAAGAAAUGGUAAUAGUUAUAUAUAUUCGUGAAUACAGUAAACUACGUUCAUAACAAACACACUUAUAACGAACUGACCGAUAUAACAACCCUUUUUUUAGUCCCGACCAUUUGUUGUAUAUAUGCUGUACAUAUGCUUAUAACGAACUACGGCGAUUACGAACUAGAUUUAGGGGUCCCUUUUAGUUUGUUGUAACCAUAGUUUACUGUACAUAUAAAAAUGUGCAGUCUGAAAUACCAAGUCAGAAAUCACCACCACUUGUGACCCAUAUACUGAUUCUGUUUGUUUGGAUCUGUCGUUCUAAGAAGUGUUACACCCCGAUUAUGUUUCUAGGUUUGUCAGCACCAUACCCGUGCUCGUGGGUUUCAACGAAGUGGUAACAUCUAAGACCUGCAUCACUUCGGGCUUUCCUCCCACA